AUGUGCCCAGACCAGCCCAGCUGAGCCCGGACGACACACCCAGCAGAAGCACAGCGCCGCCGCCGUCGGCCACGCAUCUCCGCCGCUUGCUCCCCUGCCUCCUCUCUCUCCUCUAGCCCCCUGGAACUCUCCACCGCGGCAAGCAGCGGAAUCCCGGAAGCCAGCGACAUCUCUUUCCUGACUUACCAUCUCCCCGGUGGCGCAUCUAGCCGCAUCUCCUCUCCCCUUUUCUUGUGUUCGUCGAUCCUUUGUUUUACAAUUGUGUUGAUCGAUCCCUUUGUGCUACGAGCUGUUCCUGUUAUCUUCUUAACUUCACGAUUCCGCUCGGUCAAAACCCCGAAUUUUUCCACCACAACCCCCACCAAUCCCGAAUGGCGGCGGAGCUCGCCGUAUCUGUCCUCGCCGGAGUACGGAUCGCCAAGACCCUCCGAUGGAUCAUGUUGCGCUCGUCACGACAACCAGAAUCAGAACAUUGUGCAAGUACCGCCGACUGGACGGACCUCCCAAGCGACCUCCUUGCGCGCAUCUUACAACUCCUUCAGCUCCCUGAAGCUCUUGCUGUCGCAGCCGUCUGCACCUCGUGGCGCUCGGUUGCAGAGGCUGCUGGCGACCCUCGUGCCCGCAUCCCUUGGCUCGUAUCAUGGAAACCUACAACGGGCUACUGUCGGAGCAGUGAGUUCCGGAACCUCAUCGACACCCACAAGACCUACAAGGUUACUUUGCCUGAGGGACGGUGUCACCUCGACUGGUGUGGAUCCUCCCAUGGUUGGCUCGUUGCAUCGAACGAAUACUCGAACCUUGUGCUAUACCACCCCUUCACCUUUGACAUUAUCCAUCUCCCACCUAUUACCGAUUUGGUAUGUGUGAAGGCAGUCCGCGACAGUGAUGGAAACAUUGUGGGCUAUUGUUAUGGAAAGGAUCUUGAGCAUGACCCUACUCAGCAUGCUGUACAUUCCCUCGGCACAUGGUUCUACCAGAAGGUGGUGUUAUCAUGUGAUCCAUCUCAAGAUGGUGACUACGUUGCUGUAACCAUUUACUAUGAUUCCAACUGUAUGUCUUUUGCAAGAUCAAGAGAAGGCUGCUGGCGACUUGCUGCUACUAUAGCCCAUGGAAGCGACGAUCGGUAUGCCGAUUGUGUUUAUCACGAUGGAAGAUUCUACAUAAUGACCUUGCGUGGGGUGCUUGAGGCGUGGGAUCUUCGUGGUCCGCAAGAACCAAGCAAAGAGGUGAUCAUUGCCGGCGGGGACAAGAGGUAUAGUAGGGUCCUUACAAGGUUCCUAGUGUCUACGCCCUUCGGCAGUCUCCUGCAGAUACGCACUCUUCGAUGUAGUCGCAAUCCCAGAAAAGUUAAGGUAGAGGUCUUUGAAGUUGAUAUCAAAGAGCGCAAGCUGGUCAGCUUAAGUUCUUUGACAGCCUUGAGGAAUUACGCAGUGUUUGUCGGGUCAAAUCAGUCGGCUUGUUUGCCCACCGGAAAAUUUCCAGAGCUGAGACCCAACUGUGUCUACCUCACCACACCUCGGCUGGUACACUAUGCUAAUUUCGGUCUUCCGGAUUGGAGAGGUGUUGGGAUUUAUGACUUAGAAAAUCAGAAAUUUGAAUAUGUUUUCUCCAGCUAUGAACCAGAGUACGGGCAAUUGUGGCCCUGUAAAAUUUGGUAUAUUCCGGGUGUUUAAAAGAUGAGAGAUCUCAUCGCAUUGAGAUGGAUGGCUGUACUGGAAGUUACCAGUUAGUUGUGGUUCGGCCUUUUUUUUCCUAUUCUGUUGUCAAUGAUGACUUGCUUUUGCGAUCA